GACAAGAUGGUACGUAAUGCGCUCGUCACCUUCGCAACGUGCUUAAUGAGAUGCAUAAUAGUAAUUAAUCCCCUACAACCCAUCGCGGCCGGUGUUCUUGAUACGAGUGGAUCGGACAGCCUUUGGACAAAAAUGGUUGCUAAAGAUGGAGUGGUAGUUUGUCUUAGCCAUCCACCUGAAUCAUACUUUCAUUCAAAUGUUCAUCACAGCAUACGUCUAAUGUGUCAGAAAUUGGUUGACAGGAAAAAGGCUGCGCACAGUUGUAGUGAUGGUAAACGUUUCCUGAUCGACUCUAUCAAAACGCCAAAGGGUUUGACUGAUGAACCAGAAAGUGUCAAGCUGCAGGUUCAUGCAGCACACACGUUGUUGGAAAAUCU